AUGCCACUACUCACUCAUACAGUAAUUGAGUCGGAUAGUGGGUUAGUGAGUACAGCUGAACAUAUAUUUGAUGCUCCCACCUGUUGUGUAAUUCAGUACACAUAUGUAGAGGAAUCCACGAAUUUUGUUGAUCGCGGUGUUGAUGCUCCCGCUCUGGAUGCGGUUGAGUACGCGGGUGGGCUUGUUUCGCAUACGACUCCGCAUGAUGAUAAUAUCGCAUGCGGAUAUGCUGGUCUACGUUUUGAGGAUUCAAAGACUGACUGUGAAGUCACACGAACAAUUGCUCUUUUGAAACCGUUGCCAAUCAUGAAAGAGCUUGUGCAGCCCGAGAAAUUCUUUUACGAUGACAUUGCGGAGGUCGUGUUGCUAUAG